AUGAAGCUCCUCUCCAUCAUUCUACUACUAAUCUUAGUCUCUACCGUAGCCUCAUACGUCCGUGAAAGCAAAAAGUCGCGUAGCCAAUCGGCUUCAGAGCAUCAUGCUGAAGAGACCGAAGAAUCCUUCUCGGAUGAUGACAAUUCACCUCAACAUCGUCCUAGAGACGGCGAAUCCGGUGGUCGUUCUAGGAACGAUGAUAUGACAUCUAGAGGUCAUUCUAGAGACGAAGACAGGCUUUCUAGAGGUCAUUCCAGAGACGAUGACAGGCUUUCUAGAGGUCGUUCCAGAGGUGAUGAAAAGCUUUCAAGAGGUCGUUCUAGAGAUGAUGAAGGUCGGGCUGGUCGACGUUCUUCGAAACGACGUAGCUCGAAGAAACAAAGCAGGGCUAGCGAAGAAGAAGAGCUAGAAGUGUCUAACUUCAACCUAGCUGGGGCUGAUGAUAACAAGAAUGUAAAUGAAGAAGCGUUGAAGAAGGCAGCCGAAUCUAAAAAGGCAGCAGAUUCUGAAGACAACGAUUCGGAUUCUAAAUCUUCAAAGAAGAAAAGCUCCAAGAAGUCAAAGAAAAGUGCUACAGAAGAAGCUGAAGAAUCAGAAGAACAAGAAGAUGCCGCAAAAUCAUCAAAAAAAGGAUCAAAGAAAGGCCAAAGAGAAGAUAAUAGUGAUGAGAAUGAUGAGGAAUCAAGCAACAAACGGGCUAAAGGAUCAAAGAAAGCCAGAGGCUCAGAUGACGAUGAAUCAGGAGAAUCUGGAAGUGGCGUACAAUGUGGAUUGUGCCAAAAAGUCAUGAAGAUCUUGUUACCGGUCGUUCAGAUAGGCCAAACGUUGAGCAAGAGCAAGCUGAAGGACACCUUAUCGGUAGGUUUUUUGAAUUUAUAAAGACUUUAAGCUUAACAGCAUAAGCUUAAGUUAGUAGGCCUAAACUGGACAAGCAAAUGUCGUUGGAUUAGGCUUAGAACACGUGAUUUUAAGGUUAGUUAACUUACAUAGUACUGUGCUUCGUAGGCUUUAAAGGCUUAGGUUUAGUAAGUUUGGCCUUAGUAAGCUUUGGCUUAGUAGUAGGCUGUGGCUUAGUAGGCUUAGACACAGUAAGCUUAAACUUAGUAGCUCUGGGAUUAUUAAGCUUAGACUUAGUAAGCUUGGGCUUAGUAGGCUUAGGCUUAGUAAAAUUAGGCUUAGUAGGCUUAGGCUUAGUAGGCUUAGGCUUAGUAGGCUUAGGCUUAGUAGGCUUAGGCUUAGUAGGCUUAGGCUUAUGCUUAGUAGGCUUAAGCUUAGUAGGCUUAGGCUUAGUAGGCUUAGUACGCUUAGGCUUAGUAGGCUUAGGCUUAGUAGGCUUAGGCUUAGUAGGCUUAGGCUUAGUAGGCUUAGGCUUAGUAGGCUUAGGCUUAGUAGGCUUAGGCUUAGUAGGCUUAGGCUUAGUAGGCUUAGGCUUAGUAGGCUUAGUAGGCUUAGUAAGCUUAGGCUUAGUAGGCUUAGGCUUAGUAGGCUUUGGCUUAGUAGGCUUAGGCUUAGUAGGCUUAAGCUUAGUAGGCUUAAGAUCAGUAAACUUAGGUUUAGUAGGUUUUUUUUAAUAAGCUUAAGCUUAACAAAUUUUAACAUUCAAUUUCAGCAACGCUGUGAACAGUACAUUAGAGGUCCAAUGGGUGGAAUUGCAUGUGACACCAUCAUCAGUGCCACCUUUGAAGAGCUGUACGAAUUAGCCAAGAAUCCAAAAAGCACUACCCCUCAGAAAAUGUGUCAUUUGUUGCAUUUUUGUUGA